UCCGUGAGGGAGAAGAGACGCUCAUGGAUACAAAAUGGGUGACCUCCGAGCUGGCGUGGACAUCUCAUCCAGAGAGUGGGUGGGAGGAGGUGAGUGGCUACGACGAGGCCAUGAACCCCAUCCGCACGUAUCAGGUGUGUAACGUGCGCGAGUCAAGCCAGAACAACUGGCUGCGCACGGGCUUCAUCUGGCGCCGGGACGUGCAGCGGGUCUACGUGGAGCUCAAGUUCACCGUGCGGGACUGCAACAGCAUCCCCAACAUUCCGGGCUCCUGCAAGGAGACCUUCAACCUCUUCUACUACGAGGCUGACAGUGACGUGGCCUCGGCCUCCUCCCCGUUCUGGAUGGAGAACCCCUACAUCAAAGUGGACACCAUCGCUCCUGAUGAGAGCUUCUCCCGGCUCGAUGCCGGUCGGGUCAACACCAAGGUGCGCAGCUUCGGGCCGCUUUCCAAGGCCGGCUUCUACUUGGCCUUCCAGGACCAGGGCGCCUGCAUGUCGCUCAUCUCCGUGCGCGCCUUCUACAAGAAGUGUGCAUCCACCACUGCAGGCUUCGCACUCUUCCCCGAGACCCUCACUGGGGCGGAGGCCACCUCGCUGGUCAUUGCUCCCGGCACCUGCGUCGCUAACGCCGUGGAGCUGUCGGUGCCGCUCAAGCUGUACUGCAAUGGCGACGGGGAGUGGAUGGUGCCUGUGGGCGCCUGCACCUGCGCCACUGGCCAUGAGCCAGCUGCCAAGGAGUCCCAGUGCCGCGCCUGUCCGCCUGGGAGCUACAAGGCGAAGCAGGGCGAGGGACCCUGCCUCCCCUGUCCCCCCAACAGCCGCACCACCUCGCCAGCUGCCAGCAUCUGCACGUGCCACAAUAACUUCUACCGCGCAGACUCGGACUCUGCCGACAGCGGCUGUACCACGGUGCCAUCUCCCCCUCGGGGUGUGAUCUCUAAUGUGAACGAGACCUCUCUGGUCCUCGAGUGGAGUGAGCCCCGGGACCUCGGUGGCCGCGAUGACCUCCUGUAUAACGUCAUCUGCAAGAAGUGCCGUGGGGGCCCGGGGGCCGGGGGCCCCUCCACAUGCUCACGCUGCGAUGACAACGUGGAGUUUGUGCCUCGGCAGCUGGGCCUGACAGAGCGCCGGGUCCACAUCAGCCACCUGCUGGCCCACACGCGCUACACCUUUGAGGUGCAGGCGGUCAACGGGGUCUCGGGCAAGAGCCCUCUGCCGCCCCGCUACGCAGCGGUGAACAUCACCACCAACCAGGCUGCCCCUUCGGAAGUGCCGACAUUGCAUCUACACAGCAGCUCCGGGAGCAGCCUGACCCUGUCCUGGGCGCCCCCGGAGCGGCCCAAUGGGGUCAUCCUGGACUACGAGAUGAAGUACUUUGAGAAGAACGAGGGCAUUGCCUCCACUGUCACCAGCCAGAAGAACUCUGUGCAGCUGGAUGGGCUGCGGCCCGAGGCCCGCUACGUGGUCCAGGUCCGCGCCCGUACGGUAGCCGGCUAUGGCCAGUACAGCCACCCGGCUGAGUUUGAGACCACGAGUGAGAGAGGCUCCAGUGCCCAACAGCUGCAGGAACAGCUUCCUCUCAUUGUGGGCUCGGCCACAGCUGGGCUCAUCUUCGUGGUGGCUGUCGUGGUCAUUGCUGUUGUUUGCCUCAGGAAGCAGCGGCACAGCUCAGAUUCGGAGUACACUGAGAAGCUGCAGCAGUACAUCGCUCCUGGAAUGAAGGUUUAUAUCGACCCUUUCACCUAUGAGGACCCGAACGAGGCUGUUCGGGAGUUCGCCAAGGAGAUUGAUGUGUCCUGCGUCAAGAUCGAGGAGGUGAUUGGGGCUGGGGAGUUCGGGGAAGUAUGCCGGGGUCGGCUCAAACAGCCGGGCCGUCGGGAGGUGUUCGUGGCCAUCAAGACGCUGAAGGUGGGCUACACAGAGAGGCAGCGGCGGGACUUCCUGAGCGAGGCCUCCAUCAUGGGGCAGUUCGACCACCCCAACAUCAUCCGGCUGGAGGGCGUGGUCACCAAAAGCCGGCCUGUGAUGAUCCUCACUGAGUUCAUGGAGAACUGUGCCCUGGACUCCUUCCUGAGGCUCAAUGACGGGCAGUUCACAGUCAUCCAGCUGGUGGGCAUGUUGCGGGGCAUUGCUGCCGGCAUGAAGUACCUGUCUGAGAUGAACUACGUACACCGAGACCUGGCCGCCCGCAACAUCCUGGUCAACAGCAACCUGGUCUGCAAAGUCUCUGACUUCGGCCUCUCUCGCUUCCUGGAGGAUGACCCCUCAGAUCCCACCUACACCAGCUCCCUGGGCGGGAAGAUCCCCAUCCGCUGGACCGCCCCGGAGGCCAUAGCCUAUCGGAAGUUCACCUCUGCCAGCGAUGUGUGGAGCUACGGGAUUGUCAUGUGGGAGGUCAUGAGCUAUGGAGAGCGACCCUACUGGGACAUGAGCAACCAAGAUGUCAUCAAUGCUGUGGAGCAGGAUUAUCGGUUGCCACCACCCAUGGACUGUCCCACAGCGCUGCAUCAGCUCAUGCUGGACUGCUGGGUGAGGGACCGGAACCUCAGACCCAAAUUCUCCCAGAUCGUGAACACCCUAGACAAGCUCAUCCGCAACGCCGCCAGCCUCAAGGUCAUCGCCAGUGCCCAGUCUGGCAUGUCACAGCCCCUCCUGGACCGCACAGUCCCGGAUUAUACAACUUUCACUACAGUAGGUGACUGGCUAGACGCCAUAAAGAUGGGACGGUACAAGGAGAGCUUCGUCAGUGCUGGGUUUGCCUCCUUUGACCUGGUGGCCCAGAUGACUGCAGAAGACCUACUCCGGAUCGGGGUCACCCUGGCUGGGCACCAGAAAAAGAUCCUCAGCAGUAUCCAGGACAUGCGGCUGCAGAUGAACCAGACGCUGCCUGUGCAGGUCUGACACCCAGCUCCUCCUGGGGGACGCCCCCCAGGGACUUCGCAGGGACUCUGACCAGCCACAAUGACUUUUGGACUUUUGGAUGCCUGGCUGUGGCUGUGGCCCAGAAGAUGGAUGUUUGGGGAAGGCCCACGCUGGGACUUCUCCAGGCCUGUGCUCCCUCCACAGGAAGUGUGCCCCAAACCUCUUCAUAUUGAAGACGGAUUAGGAGAGGGCCGAUGACCUCUCCCAGAUGCCUGGGGCCCAGGCCUUCCUGCUGUCCAGUGGAGGGUCCCCACAACCUCGGACUUGGACACUCUGCCGUGCUGGGGGUCCCGGCAGGGCCGAGUGGGGGGGCAAGCCUGGGUUCCACAGGGCCCAGCCCUGGCAGGGGUCUGGCCCCCCAGGUAGGCAGAGUGGUCCCGCCCUCAGGAGCUGGAGGAGGGGACUCUGGGAAUGGGGAAACGAGACACCCCAUCCCUAUGCCAGUUGGCUCCUCCGGUUUGCACAGGGACUUGUUCUGGGGCUGAGAGCCCUGCCCCCACUCCUGCCCUUGGUGCUGUCAUAGAAGGGCAGGUGGGGGCGGGCUGAGGAGCAGCCUCUCGCCGCCCCCAGAGACUGACUCUCAGAGCCAGAGACGGGAUGUUUGUGGUGUGAGUGUGUGGGUGUGUGUAUGUGUGUGCACAGAGAGCAUGGGUGAGUGUAUAAAAAAGUGGCCCUGCGCCCUGCAGUGGGGACAGUGGGGCCGGCAGUGGAAUAAAGGC